ACAGUGAUGACUUGUUGCUAAACAUCAUUUUUUAGACUAUUUGGUUCAUAUAUCAAAGACGAUUAUGAAUGACGAGGAUCAAUACAAACGCACUGAUGAAGAGGAACCGAAAGGACCUAUCAUAAAGACACUGAAGUCUAGGCACAAAGGUCCAGUGGAAGAUGGGGUCACAACUAUAGAUCUGGGUCCCUUAUGUAGAAAGCUGGGUCUUGCUUGGCUCAUGACCAGCCCACAUUUAUGGUGUGUCAAGGACAUUUGUGGAUGGGUGUGUGCCGUUUUCACCUGGCUGCUUGUCCUUUAUGCUCUUUACGUUGUUAACUUCGUCAUGCUGCUCCACAAUCCUAAUACAACCUGGAGUUUGAUUAAUGGCAUCAUAUUCCAGUUCUUUGCCUUUUUGGCUGUUGCCUCACAUCUGAGAUGUAUGUUAACAGAUCCUGGUGCUGUACCUAAGGGAAAUGCAACUCAGGAAAACAUCAAGCGGAUGGGGUUAGCUGAUGGGCAAGUUGUAUUUAAGUGUCCCAAAUGUGUCUCCAUAAAACCAGACAGGGCUCAUCAUUGCAGUGUGUGUCAAAGAUGUGUGAAGAAGAUGGACCACCACUGUCCCUGGGUUAAUAACUGUGUUGGGGAAAGCAACCAAAAAUUCUUCGUUUUAUUCACAAUGUAUAUAUGUAUAAUAUCAUGUCAUGCUCUGUAUAUGUCCAUUCACCAUUUUAUCACCUGUGUUGGAAGAGAGUGGAAAACCUGCUCAGGAGUUUCACCACCAGCUACAACAGUUUUUCUUAUAUUCCUCAUUUUUGAAGCUCUACUGUUUGGAAUCUUCACAGCCAUUAUGUGUGGCACACAGGUGUCAGCCAUUUGUUCGGAUGAAACGGGAAUUGAAAGUAUAAAGAAUGAGACAUCUCAUCAAAAGAAAGGUUAUUGGCUAAGCCUGAAAGCCACUUUUGGCCACCCCUUUACAUGGAAAUGGUUUUCUCCCUUCAGCACACCAAAGUUUGCAUAUUCCACACCACACCUACAUUGUGUGUAACCAAAGGAGUGGCAUAUCAAAUCGAUCAAGAUAAUCUACAAACAAACGUUUUCUAUGUCCUAUUUUAAUUUUUAUAUUUUUGUAUUUUUUAUUGUUAUGGGUUAUAUUUAUGUUGCCAUAUUAAUUUUGAUGACUCAUGUCAUGACUCAUGUACCAUAUAUUGACUGAAUGAAAUAUUCCAAAAUAAUCUUGUUAUGUAAAUUAUCUCCCAGCACCUCACUCUUUAUUUUGAAUGUUGGUGCAAUACAUUUAUGCUGCAUAUUGUCUUAAAUUCCCAAAGGUUUUAGACAGAUCGAGGCAGUGGGACAUGAAUUUGUAGAUACAAUUAGACUGUAGCAAAUAAAUCUGUGCCUGCAUUACUGUGGAACCGUCAUUGUUCUUGGCAGAUCAAUGUCACAGAUUUUGUACAAAUUUACAUUCCCAUGAACAAACAUUUUCAAAGUAUUGACUCAUUCAGUCUUCUGAAUAUACAAGUUACCCACAAAAUUAUAUCCCCACAAACGAGUAAAACUUUGGUUGCUCCAACUCCCAAAAAUAAAAACGAAUCCAUAGUAUUUAUUUUGUAGAGGUUAUAAAAAGCAUCUAAUUUUAAACAUAUUGAUGCAGUAUUAAAUAAGAUAUGCAUAGUUACCCUUGUUUUUUUUUUUUCACAGAGUAUAUUUUAAAAAAAAAAUGAUGUAUGGUAAAAUUUAGUUUUACCUUCAAAGGUAGCUCAAAUUUUUGCUCUCAGUUAAGGAUACCUGCUGCUCAACCAGGAACAAUAACUUAAAAUCACCAUUCAAUUGAGGAAGUUUCAAAAUGAAUCUUGAAAUUAAAAUUUUUUGACGAUGUGCAACAAUUUUCAUUUCAUGCAUCUUAGUUUGAUUCAAUAUUCUUUGAAGUCUAAGAAACAAGUUUAAGAAGACUUCGAGCCCCAAAAAUGUGUGUUCAGAGAACUCCAAUCGAAUUUCCUUUAAUUUUGCCUUAGACAGCAAUGUUUAUUAGCAUGAAGUGAAAUUGAAAAUGAUCUGUGAUAUCUUGGAAUUUUACACAAUGUUUUAUAUUACAAUUGAAUUUAUUAAAACUGAAAUAACGCACAAGUAUAAGAGACAUGAAAUUUUCCAGAAUGCAUGGAUACCUAUAGGUUUUUUUAAAUCCCAAAAUAUACUUAUAUUGAUAAAAUUUCAAUUAGAAAAUGCACAAUUGGUGCUUUUAUUUACGUUUCCUGAAAAAAUGAGAUUUGAUAAUUUUCCCUAUAUGAUAUGAUCAUGGGUAUAUUCACAUUACUCUAUGAAUUCAGUGACAUUUUUUAUGAGCAGUUAUAGUUACCAUACCUAACUGCUGAUUUUUAGAACCUGAGGAACAUCCUAUUUAAUCAAUUUUAUUGAAGAUAGGAAGUUUUAUAUGUAAUACAUGUAUGUAUUUGAUCUUUUAGGAUUUUACAUUGAAAAUUGAGAACAAAGGGCCAAAAUGUUUCAACUCAACUGCUAAGUUUAUAUGUAGCAUUGGGAUUUGCAUGAAAAUUUACUUACUCUUUUAAUGCUGAUCAUUAAAAUAAUCCUUGAUAUGCACACAUUUAGGUCUAUAUGGUAUGUACAACUGUAUUCCAUAUCUACAUGUACUUAAUCAGUUUUACUUAUAUAAUGAAAGGACAAAAGAAAUGAUAUAUCAGGAACAUUUCUCUGCAAAUCCAUGCAGAUCAACACUAACUAAUGUUAAAGCUACUCCUUUCAAAAGCUAAAGAUGUGACAGGUUAAGAUAUACAUUUGAGUUUUUCUUUGUAAUAUAUACCACAGACACAUUGUAGAUUAUAAAUGUUGUAGUUAUGUGUAAUGUGACAUGAAUUGGAUUUUACUAAUACUUGAUUUUCUUAAUUAACAUAAGUUUAUAAUCUUAAUUUUAUGUUUGUUUGCUUGACUAGAUUACUUGUUUUGAGGAGAAGACAUGAAAAUUAAACAGAUCUGAGUUAAAGAGCAUCAAAUAUAUACACAGACACUACAUUAGUUUAUAUUACUGCACAGGUCAUAUGUAAUAAGUGGUGUGUAUCAUGAAUUAUUCUUCUGUUAUAUUAAAAAAACUGCUGUCUCUGUUGAAACAUUGAAGUUGAUGUGAUGUGAAAUUAACUUGUUAAUUUAUUAAAUAUACAUUAAAGUA